UAUUUUCUGCCAGUGAGGUCAAAAAUCAACAUGGCGAUUUUUUCAGUUUUCAUUGUGAAUCGUGCGGGUGGUUUAAUCUAUGAUUAUGACCACUCUGCGCCUAAAACAGAAGUUGAAUACACGUUCAGCUAUCCCUUAGAACCGGUUCUAAAGAUAUUUGAUGAAAGAAUUGUCGUAGCUUUCGGUCAAAGGGAUGGCGUGAAAGUUGGCCACACUGUCCUUGGGAUCAACGGCAUUCCUUCCGCAGGCCGUUCAUUGGAAGAUGGCCGUGACAUCCUGGAGACCAUAGCCAAUGAAGAAAACUACCCGAUCGCCAUUAAAUUUGGGCGGCCGCGGCUAACCACCAAUGAAAAGAUAAUGUUGGCUAGCAUGUUCCAUUCGUUGUUUGCAAUUGGCUCACAACUUUCUCCGGAGCCUCGGUCUUCUGGAAUAGAGGUCUUAGAAACGGAUACAUUCAAAUUAUGGUGCUCACAAACUCUAACUGGAAUCAAAUUUAUCAUAAUCUCCGACCCAAAACAGACAGGAUUAGAAGCACUCUUGAAAAAGUUGUAUGAAGUCUACGCCGAUUUUGCCCUGAAGAAUCCAUUCUAUUCCAUUGAUAUGCCAAUUAGAUGUGAACUUUUCGACCAAAAUCUACAGAGUACAAUAGACCAGGCAGAAAGAUUAGGUGUGGCAAAUAUCUGAGGAGCCAAGGACCAGGGGUGGUUUUCUGUCUUGGAUAAAAGAACUGUGCUGUGACUACUGCCAGGUGUUUGCAUUAACGAAGACGGAGAGAUGACCGAAGGAGAAAGCCGGUUACUUUGUCUAAAUGGGUUGACAUGUACCACUGUACUAUGAAACAAAAAUGCCACGAAAACUUUUGUCAGUUUGUGGUGCUGAAUUAGCCAGUUGGGCUGCAUGUUUGCCUUGCAUUUUGAAUAGGGGAGCAGAAUAGACAAAUAGAAAACUUUUUAGGGAUUCAAAAAUUGCGUUCAGAUUCUCUUGUUUAGAAUCUUAUGUUGUAAAUAAUGUGAUGUAAAUUAUUUCAAUUGUUCAUAUGUAAAUACUAAAUAUAACAUAACUGU